CUCAUAAAAGAUUAGAAUUAGAAAUGCCCAUGUCCAGAUGUGAUAUGUGCAUGCAUGAUAAAUUGACUAGUGAGAAUAAUGGAGAUUCAAAACUUUACAUGACGUGCUAAGUUUUUUAUAAUGUUAUCCAUAUGUAAAUGUACUGAGCUAACAGGUCAGGUUUAUAUAAAACUGACAAAUAUUUCCUACGAGCUUAGUCUAAGAAUUUUAUGAUAUUAAAGAUGUCAAAAUCUCAUAUGCAGUAACUUUGUUGUCAUCAUUCACAUAUUUCAUUGGCCCACAUCUCGCUCACUUACGUUUAUACAAAUAUGAGUUUUGCAUCAGUGAGUGCAGUUGUACUGCAUGAAAAUCCUAAUUUAAUGAAAAAAUGUUGUGAAGUUUUGAAUGAAGAAUGGAAAAGAAGUGAAUCAGCCAGGAUACACAGCUUAGAAAAAUCAAAUCACAGCCUACCAGUAUCCUUGGUUCUAGUUGAAAACUUAGAUCAUGAAGACCCUGAAGUAAUUGGUCACAGCAGGAUCUGUAGAGUGCUUGACGAUAACAGUGGAUGUUGGAUUGAAUCGGUUGUAAUAAAGAAAAACAGACGAAAUCAAGGAUUUGGGAAGCUGUUAAUGCUGAAGACUGAAGAGUUUGCAAGAAGACUGGGAUUCAAAACAGCUUAUCUAAAUACUAUAGAUAAACAAGACUUUUAUAAACAUUUGGGUUACAUAUUCUGUGAUCCUGUUUCAUCUGAUGGAGGAAAUGUUAGCAGAUACUUUGUUGAGAAGAUGAGAGAGAAGAUUGGAUCUCCUUUAGAUGGUAGUAAUUGUAUUAAGAAAUGGCAAACAUUAAAACACAGCAUUGAUGAUGAAUCAUUUACAAACAGAGAACAAACAUUAAGUAAAGAAGUAUCAACAUAUCCAUCAUCAGUUCCCACAUUAUCUUCUCCUGUUUCAGUAUUAGUUUCAGCAGUUGUCCCACCACCCCCACCUCCUCCAGUUAUAGGUGUCAAGAAGGAUUUUCACUCUAGUGCCAAAACUUCAGAAAACAUUACAGCUCAGCAUCUUAAUAGUAAAAGAACUUGGAUGAAGAAAUCUCUGUAAUGUAGUGGAGAGGUGUGGGUUGAUAUUUUCAUGGUACAAAAUUAUUAACUAACUACUGUACUUCCAAGAAUAUUGGAGUAAAAUAUUUAUGAGGAAUUGUUUUUUUGGGAGAGUUAACCAUCAAAAAUUUGGAGUGGGAUAAUAGCAGUGUUGAUCUUAUUUGUUUUGGAGAAAGAGCAUGAAAAAAAGUAUUUGUUAUAAAAGAUACUGGAUUGUUAAAUGGUAAGGAAUUAUUGAUACUGCAUAUGCAGAGUCACAUUUAAGAGUUGAUUUUUUUUUUCUACUGCAGCUGAUUAUUUUAUGUUAAAACAUUGCUUAGUACAAUAUGAACUAUAGAAUGUAAAGGUAUAUUUUAGUUGUUUUUUUUGCUUUUUAUGUGCUUAUUUUAAAAGAAAUAUGCCAAUUUCUAAACACAUUGAUGUGGAUAAAAUAAACUGACAUUUUAGCAUCUGAAAGAAACUGUUUUGUAAGUUUAGUGGUAUAAUCUUUCUACAAACCUCUGAAUCAAGGACAAUAUCACAUAGAAUAACUCUACUAUGGUUUUAAGAAUUAGGCAACAUUGCAUUGUCACAUAGUUUUUAAAAGUAACUUAUUGUGGUUUCAUAAAAUUUAAAUUUGAGUCAUUGGUUCAAUUAUAACUACUCAUGUGGCAAGUUGACAGCCAUUGCAAGUGUAUUUAAUAUUAGAAGAAAUUUUAUUUUGUUUUGUUGUUAUUUCCAAAAACUUAAAAGAAAAAUCAGAAAUAUGGAAAAAUGUG